UACUUACACAACCAAUAUUGAUGAUGACGAAGUUACAGUUACUGGAUUAUUUGAAAAAUCUACUAACGAAGCUGGAGCAUGGGCUAGUGCUACAUUUGAAGAGGCUGGUGAACGUACUACGUUUACUGAAAGAAUAGUUACUGAAAUUGAUGGUAUUGCUCAAACUAAAGAUGCAGAAGUUGUUGGAUAUGAUUAUGGUGAAUAUGGAAUGUAUUAUUUGACAUCAAUAUUAGCAGAUCCAGUUGAAGCUAGAUAUACUAUUACUACAGAUGGACCAGAUGGAGAAUAUACAGGUAUUGUUAGAGUUACAUCAGAUGAAGAAAAUUGGUGGUUCACAACCACAGAUAUAAUAUCAUCAUACACUAGCACAUAUACCAUUAAUGAUGAUUUUGAACAAGCUACUCAUAUUGUAUAUGCAUCAGUUAAUGAAGAAGGAGAAUGGAUCACAUCUACAUCAACUCAUACUCCAGAAUCACAAACUAGAUUAACUACUUACACAACCAAUAUUGAUGAUGACGAAGUUACAGUUACUGGAUUAUUUGAAAAAUCAACCAACGAGGCUGGAGCAUGGGCUAGUGCUACAUUUGAAGAAGCUGGAGAGCGUACUACAUUUACUGAAAGAAUUGUAACUGAAAUUGAUGGUUUUGCUCAAACUAAAGAUGCAGAAGUUGUUGGAUAUAACUAUGGUGAAUAUGGAAUGUACUAUUUGACAUCAAUUUUAGCAGAUCCCGUUGAAGCUCGAUAUACUAUUACUACAGAUGGACCAGAUGGAGAAUAUACUGGUAUUGUUAGAGUUACAUCCGAUGAAGAGAAUUGGUGGUUUACUACUACAGAUAUAUUAUCGUCGUACACUAGCACUUAUACUAUUAACGAUGAUUUUGAACAAGCUACUCAUAUUGUAUAUGCAUCAGUUAAUGAAGAAGGAGAAUGGAUUACAUCUGCAUCAACAUAUGUAUCAGAAUUACAAACUGAAACUUCAGAAACUAUUAUUACUGAGAUUUCGGAAUUAACCUCAUCUAAUAUUGAGUCAUCAACAUCAGAAUCACAAAUUGAAACUUUUGAGACUAUUAUUACUGAGAUUUCUGAAUCAACAUCAUCUAAUAUUGAAUCAUCUACAUCAGAAUCACAAAUUGAAACUUUUGAGACUAUUAUUACUGAGAUUUCUGAAUCAACAUCAGAAUCACAAAUUGAAACGUCAGAGAUUAUUACUACUGACCUUUCUGAAUCAACAUUAUCUAGUAUUGAAUCAACAACAUUGAAUAAUGAUUCAUCAACUGCACAAUUUCAAAAUGAUAAAGAACCAAUUGAAACAUUAGAAAUGAUUGUACCAGAUGAUAUAUUUAUAGUAACUACAGAAUUUGAAGAACAAAUUGAAACUUUUACAUCAAAUGGUACUCAUAUAAAAUUAAUGGAUGGUGAACCAAUAACAUUUGAAAUAUUAGGUGAUAUAUUAAGAGUUCCAAAUUUUGGUUAUAUAAAAAUUGGUACACAAGGUGAAUUAAUAUUAGUUGAAUUUGAAAAUGCAACUGGUGGUUGGUCAUAUGAAAAUGAAAUUUUAAGUUUGGAUUAUGAUUUUAAUAAUAGCUUGAAAAAACGUGAUGCUGAAGAAGUUUCAUUAUAUGCUUGUCCUGCUGAAAUUGGGUAUUAUAUUAAAGUUAACUUUGGUCAAACUUGUGCAUAUCUUGAAAUUAAUAUUGAAUCUAUUGCUCCUGAAGAUCCAUCAACUACUGAAAGUAUUAAUAUUGUAACAACUGAAAUUGAUGUAAUAACAGAAAGCUCAAAUGUUGUUGGAGAAGUUACUGAACAAAGUGAAAUUGAAAGUAUGGAAAUGUAUAUUACUGAAUCUGAAACAGAAGCACUUGAAACUUCAAUUUUCAAUGAGGAACCAACUGAUGAAUCAAGUGGUAGAAUGAUAACCGAAAGUAUACCAAUUGAAACAGAGGUAGAGGUAGUAAAUGAAGUAACAGCAACUGAAGUUAAUGUAUUUGUAACAGAAUCCAUUGAAGAAGUAUUAAUAGAAGUUAAUGCGAUUGAAACAGAAUCAACUGAAGAAUCUUCAACUGAAAUUAAUGUAAUUGAAGAAAUUGAAACAACAGAAGGAUCAACAACUGAAAGUAAUGCAAUUGAAACAGAAUUUGUUGAAGAACUUGAAUCAGUUGACACAUCAUUAACAGAAAUUGAAUCUGGAAGAUCAUUAUCAAUUGAACCUACAGUUAUUGAAACAGAAUUAAGUGAAGAAACAUCAAUUGAAAAUGAAUCAAAAGAAACAUUAAUUGAAGAUGAAUCAAAAGAAAUAUUAAUAGAAUCAACUACAGCAUCAAUUGAAACUGAUGAUCAACAAUUGAAUUUAGAAACAGUAACUGAAAAAAUUUCACUAGAAACUGAAUUUAAAGAGGAUUCAUUAACAAUUGAAGAAACUUUAAUUUAUUCAUCAAUAGUUUAUUGGAACAGUAGUAAUAGCUUAAUUAUUGAAGGUAUAAAUACUGAAUUAAAACCAAUGGAAGUCACUGAAACUAGUUUGGGAAUUGAAGAAACUGAAUUAAUUGAAGAAAUUGAAAAAACUACAACCACUUUAUCUGAAAAUGAUCAAUUUAGUCAAACUGCCGAAGCUGUUGUUGAUAUUGUUAGUAUAAAAGCAGCUGAAUCAUAUGAAAUAAAUUCAAAAUCUAGUAAUUCAAUUACUUCAUCAUUAACUACUAUUUCAAUUGAUGAUUUAAUUGAUACAACAAUAACAAGUAAAUUAAUUGAAAUUAUAACAAUAACAUCAUGUAAUUCAUCAUGUCAAACUUCAUUAAUUUCAGAAUUUACAAAUGUUGAAUGUGACAAAAAUGAAUGUAAAUAUAGUAAAAUUUUAAAUACUAGUGUUGAAACUGAAAUAAUUGAUGCUGAUGAGAAAGCCAAUAAUCAUAGUACUAAAUCAAGUAUAGAUUCAACUACAAUUGAUCAAAUUUCAUCAUCAAUUUCACCAAUUUCAUCAAGUUCAUCAUCAUCAUCGUUGUUACUUUCUCAAAAUCAAAAUCAAGUUGGAGGUCAAGUUGAAAAUCAAAUUCCAAAUCAAGAACAAGAAGAAGAAGAAUUCAAUUCUAUAACUUAUGAAGGUAAAGGAUCAAAUAAUUUCAAUUCAUUAAUUCCUUCAAGUUUAAUUACAUUAUUAUUAGUUGUUCUUAUGAUGUAA